AUGGCGCUCCCGCGAUCGUCAUCGCUGGCCGACCGACCGUCGCGGUGGGGUCGGAAUCGUUGGUUGUACGCAUUGUCUGGUACAGCAAUGGUGAUUGCCGUGGGGACGAUUCGCUACGCCACUUUGCGGAUAGCGACCGAAACUCCCGCAGCGCUCCUCGACACUCACCAUGCCGUUCUCGAAUACAUGAUCCGGACCUCCGCCCAAAGGGCGAUUCGACCACCGGCACUCGUAUUCCAACGCAACGAGUCGACAUCUUCCUUUCUCCAACAUACCGUCUGUUCCCAAUGUUACCUGACCGACUCGGGGAACCGCCGAGAAGCCUGUGGUAAAUUGAUCGCCAGUCGGAUGGCGUACAGCAACGCGAGUGAGACCGAGGCUGGUCAGGAACUGGCGCAAACCAACGACCACUGUGGACGCUGCGAUCCCCACUCGUGUUCCGUAUCCGAAAAACGCUACUGGCGGGCGGACGACGUGGCUCCUCCCGUCGUCGACGCGCAAACGCACCACCUCCGUUCAAUCCCCCGCGAAAACCGCAUCCCCACGAACGAGCUCGCCAAUCUCACCGCCUACUUUACGACACUCCCCGACGGUGAACGGCUCUUCCUUUUUGAAUUCAAUCCCACGAUUGUGACCCUCCCCACAUCCCAACGGCCCUGGCUGACACUCCCCGGGAGGGCUGCCCCGGAACAACCCGUGUAUCUGGCCGCCUACCGUGUUAGUAAUCUCCACGCCUGCAUCGUCGAACCACAAUUGCUAGAGUUCAUGGCCUCCAAGACUUGGCCCAAGAAGAAACCCCGGCAGUAUCUCGGUCUCGCUUUUUUGGAUGCUCGUUUGACGAUUCUACAAGACACCAUGCUGGAGGUACGGUCCACGAUGCCACGGUACGAGGAUCCCCGCCUCUUCGUCUUGCACGACCAACUUUACCUUGGUUCCUUCGCCCAUUUGAGGCAAGUCUAUGUUGUACCACCCCCCGAAGGAGCCGACCAUGACUUUGUUCCCGUACCCACCGUAUCCAACCACACCAAUCUGACGCUUUACGUGCACAAUCGUGUAUGCGGCAGCCGGGACUACCGCAUCCGCCGGGUGGGCAAAAAUCUGGUGUAUUUUGUCGACGCCGACAAUCGUACCGUAAUUGAACUCAUGCCUAUGGGUGACAAGGAGAUUUUGGAUCUGGAUGUGGACUGUGAUGCGGAGUGGCGCAACCAGACGUUGCCACACUAUCUCCCGGCGAAUACCAGUACACUCCCUUUUCCCUCCUUUGCCACGAUGGACGAAUUGCACUACGUAAAACACGGGGUGUAUGCACCCGCACUCACGUUCCAGCGAGGCAGCGCGUGUUGUGUAGCAAUGGAGAACCCCGAUCCCCACGGCCCGCCUCUACUUUUGGGUAUUUCGCACAGCAAAAGCCGAUACAAACAGCGAGGUCUCCCGGACGCGAACGUGCCGUUCAACUCGUACUUUUCGGCGUUCUAUGCCAUGGAAGCCAGGGCUCCGUACCGGGUGGUGGCUCGAACCGGAAAUUUCUGUUUCGGACGCUCCGCUCCCGACGAAGCGGGAGGAAAUCCCUACCCGUACUUGAAUCGGGAAAAUCUGUGGAUCGGUAGUGCACAAAACUGUCCCCGCAUUCACUUUGUGAGUGGCAUGGUGGAAAAGGCCGAUGAUCCGACCAAGCUUAUUGUGUCGUACGGCAUCAACGACUGCGUCCCCCGUCUAGUAGUCAUUGCGAAAGACGACGUAAAGAAAAUGCUGUUUGCGCCCGAGACGUUGACGGCCAAAUUUUAA